AUGGCACUGCGCGAGGAGCUGCGGAGACGGCAGUUCUGGCGUGCGGUGCUCGCGGAGACCCUCGGUUCGCUCAUCUUCGUGUCGGCGGUGUUGGGCUCAUCAGUGCCGGGCCCUAACGGUGCUUCCCCAGGGCCCCUGUACCCUGCCCUGGCUGGAGGGAUGGUGGCAGUGAGCCUGGGGCACUGCUUUGGGGAGAUGAGCGGAGCCCAGGUGAACCCUGCAGUGACCCUAGCCUUCCUGGCCACCCGCCGGCUGGACCUGCUGAGGGCCGUGGCCUACAUCCUGGCCCAGUGUCUGGGGGCCACGCUGGGGACCGGAAUCCUCUACCUGGCCCUCCCACUCAAAUCUUCUGCCGAGUGCUAUGUCAACAAGGUGUCCUCAGAGGGUAACGCUGGCCAGGCUCUUGGCAUGGAGGCGCUGGCCACCUUCCAGCUGGUCUUCACCAUUUUCUCAGUUGAGGAGCAGAGGCGUCGGGAGGGGUCUGAGCCCGGUAACCUGGCCAUCGGAUUCUCCCUGAGCGCCGGCAUCCUAACCGCGGGCCUUUUCUCUGGGGGCAGCAUGAACCCUGCUCGUUCCCUCGGCCCUGCCAUCAUCACAGGGAUCUGGGAGCACCAUUGGGUCUACUGGAUUGGGCCGGUGCUGGGGGCUAUCCUUGCCGGAGUGUCCCACGAGUUCUUCUUUGUGGCCAGCGCUUCACGGCAGAAGCUGGUGGCCUGCCUCACCUGCAAGGACAUCGAGAUAGUCGAGACCGCCAGUGUCUCCCGCUCCUCGCUGUCCACCAUCACCCAGACUGCCAUGAGGGCCAAACAGGCCCACAAACAUGACCACCACUAA